GUGAUGCAAAAGGCAAAUAGUAUUUUGCGAAUGGAGAAAACGAUGUGCAGGAAACGAAAGCAAAAUUAUUACAAGUUUGUGAGAGAGAACUGUAGUCCUCAGGUGGUUCCAAUGGCCCUUAAACGCUCAAGCCAACGUCAAAGUGAAAAGGGAAAUGCAAUGAAUCGACUAGUAAACGAAGUUAAAACGAUGAAGAUUAACUUGGUACAAGGAAAAUGCCAGCUUCCAGCGCAAGUUGAUGGACCUACAAAAGCAACGAUCAGCGAACUUCUGAGACUAAACAAAGAAAACACCAUUAAAAUAAAUAAAAUAUUGGGUAUUUUAGCAGCACAGAAACAGAUGGAUUCCAAAUUGAAUUAUCCACAAGAAGAGGCUGCGAUCGAUGGUGAAGAACGUGAUGGCAGAAAACCCGAACAAAGACAAAUUCGAAAAGUAUUUCAAUCCUCUAACUGUAGUUUAUCAAGCAUACAGAAUAUCAAUAAAAGACGACGGUUUUCCAGUCUUGGUGAAAUAAAUCGUGGUUUUGAAGAUAUCCAGUUGUCAGAACUAGAUGCAUCAGGCAGGAACGACACGAUUGGUGAUCUCAUACGACGAAGAAGAUCAACACUGCGCCGUAGUAGCAGUGUAGCGUCAAUCCAAGCAUUCAAAUUCUUAGCACCUGGGCGUAGUUCUGGGUUCCUUUCACAACGUGUUAAUCAACGUGGCAGUGUUGGUAGUAUCACAUUAUAAAUUGAAUGCUUCAAAUUCGUUAUACA